GGGGGACGCGGGGAGCGGGAUGAACCACGAGCGGGAGAAGCACGGGGAGCGGCCCGGGUGUUGCGCUGUGCCGCGUUGUGCCCCGCCCGGGAACUUGGCAGGAGCUACCCUCCUCGGGGCAAGCAGUCUCCGCGCCGGGUGGGCGCCGCGGGGGCAGAUUAAAUCUCUGACAAUGAAGCCUUUUACUGCAUAUCCUUCUGGGUUUAUCAUAUUCCUGUUUGCCUUGCUGCAGAGGAGCCAUGGACAAUGCAAAGAAGCAGCUAAAAAAUCAGAGAUGAAUUUGAGUGUAAAAUAUGAUCUUCCUAACUUCAUCGCAGAAACACCAAUUCAGAAUGUAAUUUUAUACAAUGAUCACAUUUAUAUUGGAGCAGUCAACAAGAUUUAUGUACUAAAUGAAAGUCUCCAGAACAUUUCUAUGUAUAAGACCGGGCCCGUUUUGGAGAACCCUGACUGUGCCCCAUGUGAAGACUGCAAAGAUAAAGCAAAUUUAUCUAACAGUGUGUGGAAGGAUAAUGUCAACAUGGCACUGCUCUUAGAAACUUACUAUGAUGAUCAGCUCAUCAGCUGUGGUAGUGUGUCUGGAGGGGUUUGCCACCGUCACAUCAUUCAUCCUGACAACCCUGCUGACAUCGAAAGCGAGGUGCACUGCAUGUAUUCACCCCGGGUGGAUGGAGAGGCAGAUAAUUGUCCUGACUGUGUUGUAAGCACUUUAGGAACUAAAGUUUUGGUGACAGAAAAGGACAGAUUUGUCAACUUCUUUGUUGGAAAUACUGUGACAUCUACGUUUCAACCUCCUCAUGUACUGCAUUCAAUAUCGGUUAGAAGGUUAAAAGAAACACAGGAUGGAUUUGAAUUUCUGACAGAUCAGUCUUAUAUAGAUAUCCUCCCUCAGUACCGUGACUCAUAUCCCAUUAGGUAUGUCCACGCCUUUGAAAAUGAUCACUUUGUCUAUUUUCUGACUGUCCAGCGAGAAUCUCUUGACUCCCAGUCUUUUCACACCAGAAUUAUCCGCUUCUGCACUUUAGACUCAGAGAUGCACUCUUACAUGGAAAUGCCUCUUGAAUGUAUUUUUACUGAAAAGCGGAGAAAGAGGUCCAUCCGGAAGGAGGUGUUCAACGUUUUGCAAGCUGCCUACGUAAGCAAGCCAGGUGCAGCUCUGGCCCAUGAAAUGGGUCUUGGGUUGAACGAUGAUAUUCUCUAUGGUGUUUUUGCACAAAGCAAACCAGAUUCUUCAGAGCCAACCAACAGGUCUGCUGUCUGUGCUGUCUCUGUGCGAACCAUCAACGAGUUCUUCAACAAGAUUGUUGACAAGCAGAACAUGAAAUGUCUCCAGCACUUUUAUGGGAAAGAGAGUAAAUACUGCUUGAACAGGGCUUUUUCAAGAAAUGCUUCAUACUGCAGAGCACAAGAUGAUGAAUAUCGCUUGGAAGUUACGACUCCUUUGCAGAGGGUUGACUUGUUCAUGGGCCAGUUCAACAGUGUCCUGUUAACUUCGAUAUCUGUCUUCACCAAAGGGAAUCUUACCGUUGCUAAUCUGGGAACUUCGGAGGGCCACUUCAUGCAGAUAGUGGUUUCCCGUUCAGAACCCACAGCUCCACAUGUCAGCUUUCAGCUAGACUCCCACCCUGUCUCUCCCCAAGCUGUUGUCAAGAAUUCUUUAGCAGAUGAUGGCUAUACCCUGGUAGUGACUGGGAAAAAGAUAACAAGGAUUCCACUGAAGGGACCAGGCUGCCAUCACUUCAGGUCCUGUAGCCAGUGCCUGCUGGCACCUCCCUUCAUGCAGUGCGGCUGGUGCAGUCAGCAAUGCCUUAGGUCUUCUGAGUGCCCCAGUGGCACAUGGACCCAGGAGACCUGCUUGCCUAGGGUUUAUGAGAUUCUCCCUAACAGUGCUCCCUUAGAAGGCGGGACAAAACUCACACUGUGCGGAUGGGACUUUGGAUUCAGCAAAAGCAAUAGAUUUGAAUUUAAAAAUACAGUAGUCCAUAUUGGAGGACAAAUUUGUGCUCUGGAAGCAAAGUCUAGCAACAAAAACAAGCUGGAAUGCACAGUUCCUGCUGCAAAAAAUCCAGGUUUUAAUAUAUCCAGUAGUGUUUCUGUUGGACACGGCAAAACAAUAUUCAAUACAUUUUCAUACGUGAAUCCUGUAAUAACAAGUAUCUAUCCCACCUAUGGCCCCAAAUCUGGAGGAACAUUGCUAACUAUAACUGGAAAAUACCUAAACAGUGGAAAAUCCAGAAGGGUUUUUGUUGGUGAGAAACCAUGCACCUUGAAAAGCAUUUCAGUGAGCACUGUGGAGUGCUACACUCCAGCACAACAAAUUCCUCAGGAAUAUCCUGUGAAGGUGGGCAUUGACGAAGCUAUUCGAGAUGCAAGUGGCCAUUUCACCUACAGAGAAGACCCUGUUGUUUUAAAAAUUCAUCCAGCCAAAUCUUUCCUUAGUGGUGGAAGUACAAUCACAGUUCAGGGAAUCAACUUGAACUCAGUGUGCUUUCCUCAGAUGGUGAUUACUGUACCUAAACUGGGAAUGAACUUCUCUGUGGCAUGUACCCACCGCUCUAGCUCAGAGAUAAUCUGCUGUACAACUCCGUCACUGAAAGCCUUCAAUCUGCAACCACCCUUUGUAACCAAAGUGUUCUUUAUUUUUGAUGGUGUCAGUUCUUUGUACUUUGAUUUUGACUAUGUAAAUAAUCCAGUAUUUAAGCAUUUUGAAAAGCCAGUGUUCAUCUCAAGAGGCAACCAAAACAUUCUGGAAAUUAAGGGAAAUUAUAUUGAUUCAGAAGCUGUUAAAGGAGAGGUGCUAAAAGUUGGAAACAAAAGCUGUGAAAACCUCCUCCUGCAGUCAGAAUCAAUUCUGUGUACGGUUCCCAGUGAUCUCCUGAAAUCCAACAGCGAGCUAAAUAUAGAGUGGAAACAAGAAGUUUUGUCAACAGUCAUUGGAAAAGUGCUGAUCCGGCAAGAUCAAAAUUUCACAGGACUAAUUGCUGGAGUCGUUUCAACAUCAGUUUUAAUUUUUAUCUUUUUGGUGUUUUUCCUCUGGAGAAGGAAGAAUAAACAAAUUAAAGAUCUGGGAAGCGAACUAGUGCGCUACGAUGGCAGAGUGCACACUCCUCACCUGGACAGACUGGUGAGUGCAAGGAGUGUAAGUCCAACAACAGAAAUGGUUUCAAGCGAAUCUGUAGACUACAGAUCAACUUUUCUAGAAGACCAGUUUCCAAGCAUGUCUCAGAAUGGAUCAUGCAGACCUGCCCAGUACCCGCACUCCGACCUCUCCCCAAUUCUGUCUAGUGGAGACUCAGAUUUAGCCAGUCCACUUCUCCAGACUAAUGUUCAUAUUGACAUCAGUGCCUUAAAUCCUGAACUGCUCAAAGAAGUGCAGCAUGUGGUUAUUGGUGCUGACAGCCUGAUUGUGCACUUCAGUGAAGUAAUAGGAAGAGGACAUUUUGGGUGUGUAUACCAUGGGACAUUGCUGGAUAAUGACGGCAGGAAAAUUCACUGUGCCGUGAAGUCACUAAAUAGGAUUACAGACCUAGAAGAAGUGGCUCAGUUUCUGAAAGAAGGAAUAAUCAUGAAAGAUUUCACUCAUCCUAAUGUUCUGUCACUCCUGGGAAUCUGUUUGCCCAAUGAAGGAUCCCCAUUAGUCAUUCUUCCAUACAUGAAACACGGAGAUCUUCGAAACUUCAUUAGGAAUGAGACUCAUAACCCAACAGUAAAAGAUUUAAUUGGAUUUGGCCUUCAGGUUGCAAAAGGGAUGAAAUACCUUGCAAGCAAAAAGUUUGUUCACAGAGACUUGGCAGCAAGAAAUUGUAUGCUGGAUGAAAAAUUCACUGUCAAGGUUGCUGAUUUUGGUCUUGCUAGAGAUGUCUAUGAUAAAGAAUACUACAGUGUGCACAAUAAAACAGGAGCUAAACUGCCAGUGAAAUGGAUGGCUUUAGAAAGUUUACAAACUCAGAAGUUCACAACAAAGUCAGAUGUGUGGUCCUUUGGUGUGUUGUUAUGGGAACUUAUGACAAGAGGGGCACCACCUUAUCCUGAUGUAAAUUCUUUUGAUAUAACUGUUUACUUAUUACAAGGAAGAAGGCUGCUACAACCUGAAUACUGCCCCGACCCACUGUAUGAAGUCAUGCUGAAGUGCUGGCACCCAAAACCUGAGAUGCGUCCAGCAUUUUCUGAACUUGUUUCAAAAAUAUCAACAAUCUUCUCCACUUUUAUUGGAGAACAUUACGUACACGUCAAUGCUACUUAUGUCAACGUGAAGUGCAUUGCUCCCUAUCCUUCUCUUUUAUCAUCACAAGACAACACAGGUAUGGAUGUUGACACAUGACGGGUACGUCUGAAAUAGAGGAAAAUCCAUCUGUAGUUGUACGAACAAAAAGCAAAAUGUUCUGUCUACUACUUUUUACUGCCAGGUCUUUGUGAGAACACUGUUGCACAUGUUUAUGUUGUUGCCCAAGUUGUACUAGUACAAGGACAUCGUAUUGUUUAAGGCUGUGGGAUUCUAUAAACCAUCACUGUAAUUUCCAAGUAUUUGGAAAAUGGCACCAGUUCACCAAAUCGAAGCUUUGUGUGCUACCAUCCAGAGCUAGUUCCCAAUAGCUCUCAUUAAUGUGGGCUCGGACCCAAGAACAAAGAUUCAUCAUUAAUGCCAUGAAGGAAAAAGCAGAAUACCAAUCAGUACGGCUGGAAGGACUGUUACUGUUGCAUGUACUUUAGGUUAAUGAGCAGUGCAGAAAUGGUUUUCACACAAAAGGCAAAUGCUGAGAGUUACAAGAGUUUGAAAUAUCUUUUCCUCCUGCCCAGUCCAGACUUCAGAGUUUUGCACUACAUCAACAAGGUUUUCUAGAACACAGGCAGCUGAAAGAGCCAGCCUUAUGGUAAAUAUCUCAGCAGAAAUCAAAAAAUGGUGUGCAGUAAAAUAAGUAUGUCAGCCUUGCCAGUCCUCUGGUGUAGUCAGACGGUACAUAAACUGAAAGAAAAAUCAUCUAGCUUAAAGCAUGCCUUAUGUCAACUUUAUUCCAACAUUCAGCCACUUCAAGUCAAACAGCUUAUGUCGACACAUCUCUCACUGAAAAACACAAAGCCUUCUUUCAAUAAAGAAUUAACCACUCUCUGAGAAUAAAAACUUGGAGGCAUCCAUAUUAAAUGUUAGGCCAAUACAUGGGAGGCAGUAAUACGGGCAUCAUUAUUUUAGAGAGGAAGAGGAGACAGGCAGACUGGCAACCCUAGGGUGCUGCUGUCUGGUGAGUCACACUGAGUGUAGCUGAAGCUCUGCCACCUACCCUUGGGUGGAACUGCUGCCAAAGAUGAGUAAAGAGCAGCGGCAUUGCAGCCAGCCCUGACCUAAAAAGACACUGCCAUAACAGGAGUGUCGAUAACUUCUUUGUGCAAGCCUUCAAGAGCUGAGAAGACUGAUCAAAGGAAGAAACAGCUUUAGGCUCCCCUGCCUCUUCUUGGAUCACGCCACCCAGUGAAUGACAAUACCUACUUUAUUUCUAAAUUAGGACCAGAGAAACAAUUUUUAAAAGAGACUGUAAAUACAAGUUUCAUUCAUUAGGGAAGAGUACUACAGCUUUAGGGCAAGCAUCACAUGUCAUUUCUGUUCCUGUGGAAUUCUGUGCAUACUACUGUAUAGCUUGUUUAGUAUAGGAUAGAAUCAGGUUUGUUGGUGUAAACACAUAAAGUAUUAUAUUUUUAUAUUAAAAAGGAAAAAAAAGAAGUUUAUUUUUAAUGACAUUUACAAAGUUUGGUUAGGCCACAAAAUACUGCACUGUGAACAUUUCAGAAAAUGUAUGUCAUCGUACAUGAUUCAUAAAUCGUAGCAACCUUUAAAAAAUGCUGUGUAGAUACUAAAGAGGCAAAGAACUAACUGUAAACACACUCCACCCUAAGCAUAAUAUCUCCUUUGCUGCAAGCCAACCAUUUUAAGAUCUUCAAAGAGAAGUAGUGCAGAUAAAGAACGGAUAUAAGGGAGAUAUAUUGUUCUUGGGAGACGGUGUUAUAACUGAAAGAUUUAUAACGAGGGCAGAGUGUGUAGGAAAACUAUGAGCAGAUAAUAUUGUAUUGUGUUUCAUCACCACUUUCAUUUCAGAAAUGAACUUUAAUGUCUGCUGAGAGCAAUGCUAAUUGUAGAUUGCUCAAAGACAAAAGGCUUCGCUCCAGGCAGGAAAAAAAAAAAAAAAAAAAUCAUCUCUGUAGUUGUUAAAACAGCUAAGGAAGGUUAUGACACACAGAUUUGGAGAAGAUACUCCAGACUUGUACAUACAUGCUUGAGGAACGCUGCAAUGUGAGACAGAGGACAUUUUUACUAUUUAUGAACUUUUGCUUAAUAAAGUUAAUGUUGUGUCUGGGACACCUGUAAGAAUACGUGAUUCUGGUAAAGAUUUGAUGUUAGUUCACAUAUCUGCAAAGAGCUGAAUGGUACUUAUGUUUAUAGUUGUUGUUACGAUCUAAUAAACAUGUUAUUAAAAUGAA